AUCGUACAAUUGUCAAAACCGGCUGAGUGUUGUGCAGAAUUUUUUGCAAAAAUUUUAACGCUGAUCUGCGAAAAAGAAAAUAAUUCUUUUAUUAUAUUUACUUUGACAGACGUAAAGGAAAAAUUUACACAAAAGUCUAUAAAUAAUACCAACAAAAGCCAUGCCUCAAAUGCCAUUACCUCCUUUGGCCCAGAAUGCUAUCGAACCGAUGCAAGUUGAUGCCCCAAUGGAGGAUAACGACAACAACGAGGAGCAUCAAUUAGUUGUUGAGAAUCCCACAUUGGAUUUAGAGGUCUAUGCCAAUUCGUAUGUGGGCUUGGCCCGGUUGUAUAGAAUGAUAUUUGUAGCUGAUGUGUGCCCCUCAUUGCGUUUGGAAGCCUUAAAAAUGGCCAUUAACUAUGUCAUGACCACCUACAAUGUGACCAUGUAUCAAGUUUUGCAUAAAAAAAUGAAUGAUGUGUAUGUCAGCACAAAUGGUGGUGGCGGAGCCGGUGGUGUUGGUGGCAAUGGUGGUGCGGGUGGAGGAGGUGCUGCUGGUGGUCUGCCUGAUAUAGCUGCUCAACCGGUCGUGGCUGGCCAGGCUCAAGACUUGCCGGUAUUCGAUCAGAACUGGGUGGAAAGUAAGAGCAAAAAAGCUGCCCUUAAACUGGAAAAACUUGACUCAGACCUCAAGAACUUUAAAUCGAGUUCUAUUAAGGAGAGCAUACGCCGAGGUCAUGAUGAUUUGGGUGAUCAUUAUCUAAGUUGUGGUGAUUUGUCCAAUGCCCUCAAAUGUUAUUCCCGUGCUAGAGAUUAUUGCACCAGUGGCAAGGACGUGGUCAACAUGUGCUUGAAUGUCAUCAAGGUGUCGUUGUAUUUGCAGAAUUGGUCACAUGUGCUGAGCUAUGUGUCCAAGGCAGAGAGUACACCGGACUUUAACGAAUGUUCUAAGGACGCAAAUCAGGCUGUUCUAACACGUCUAAAGUGUGCGGCUGGCUUGGCCGAAUUGCAAACCAAAAAAUAUAAAUCGGCUGCCAAACAUUUUCUGUUGGCCAACUUUGAUCAUUGUGAUUUUCCCGAAAUGAUAUCUCCCAACAAUGUCGCCAUGUAUGGGGGUCUCUGCGCUCUGGCCACCUUCGAUCGUCAAGAGCUGCAAAAAAAUGUCAUCUCUUCUAGCUCAUUUAAGCUCUUCCUAGAACUAGAGCCCCAACUAAGAGAUAUUGUUUUUAAGUUUUACGAGUCUAAAUAUGGUUCAUGUCUAAAGUUGCUCGACGAAAUCCGUGACAAUCUAUUGCUGGACAUGUACAUAGCACCCCAUGUCAAUACAUUGUAUACAAAGAUUAGGAACCGUGCUUUGAUUCAAUAUUUUAGUCCCUACCUUUCUGCCGAUAUGCGCAAAAUGGCCACUGCCUUUAAUCGCACCGUCGAGGCAUUGGAGAACGAGGUGAUGCAGCUGAUUUUGGAGGGACAAAUUCAAGCUCGCAUUGACUCGCACAAUAAAAUAUUGUACGCCAAGGAGACUGAUCAACGUAGCAGUACUUUUGAACGGGCCAUUUCCAUGGGCAAGAAAUAUCAAAGACGUUCACGCAUGUUGGUUUUAAGAGCCGCCAUACUCAAAAGUAAUAUACAUGUUAAGAGCAUACCUCGUGAACACACCGACUUGUGUGUUGCUGCUGGUUCAAGUACUCCUACAACAGCUAGAAUUUAAAGUUAAUUAUAUGUUCGUCGUUUGCUCCUACUCACUGAUCCUGAGGAUAUUGUUUGAAAGAAAAAUUCAUUAUACAUUUGCAUAACAACUUUACUUUUAUUGUGUAUUCUAAUUCUGUUGCGAUUUAAAAAAUUCCUCCAUUUUUUUUAAAAAAAAAAGAUGAAA